AUGAAACUUCUGAAUCUCGUUAACGGAAAGCUUCAAGUAUUCAACUAUCCGCCACCGGUGUCCUACGCCAUUCUAUCCCACACCUGGUCAUCGCCGGCCGAAAACGAAUGGUCCAGGUAUAACGGAACAGCCAAGCCUGAAGCUGCUGGGACAUCGGUUUUUCAAGGCAUUCUUACAAAGUUCUUCAAGAUCGCGCGGGAGCAGCGAUAUGAAUAUGUCUGGAUUGAUGCUCUCUGCGUUGACAAGAACGCCAGUGCCGACAUCUCGGAAACCAUCAACUUAUUGUCAAGACUUUAUCAAGGGGCUGACAUUUGUCUUGUGUUCCUGGCAGACCUCCCUUGCGGAUCAGCUUUGCCGUGUAAGGAUACCUGGGCUCAAUGUCGAUUCUGGAACCGGGCUUGGACUCUCCUGGAGCUGGUCUUGCCGGCUAACAUCCAGUUCUAUGAUGCCCAGUGGCACCCUCGCGGGAACAGGUUAACCCAGCCACUGCCUUCACUGAUCUCUUGCAUCACCGGCAUUGACGAAGACAUCUUGACCCGCGAGCGGACCUUGCGCGACACUUCCAUUGCUUCCAAGAUGUCGUGGGCAGCACAUCGGGAAGGGACCAGAUCCGAGGACAUCGCAUACUCCCUUCUGGGGCUCUUCGACGUUUGCAUGCCUAUUAUAUAUGGAGAGGGAGGCCAGCGAGCAUUUCAGCGUCUCCAAGAAGAAAUCCUCAAGAACACCAACGACAUGUCCUUGUUUGCCUGGACAAGUAACGAGAACCAGGUUAGCCGCGGUCUUUUCGCGUACUCUCCAAUUGAGUUCGUCUCCUAUGGCGGAUCAGUCGCAGGGCGUCUUCCUUGCAACUUUGACGGAUUCGCAGCGUUGACAAGCAGGGGAGUACUGGUGGAAGGGCAAUUUUCGACACAUGGGCUCGACCUCUUACUGGAUUUAGGAGUCCAGGCAAACGAUGAACGCCAUACAGAUCGUUUUGGCAUUCUGCUCCGGAAGGGAGUUGAUGGAAUCUUCGAGCGCAUCACACCCGGCGUUCUUCAGCAGCUGCCCGCAGACAUGGAAUUCUCAACCAUGAGGGUCAUGGUAGCCAAGGGCUCUGGCGAGACCGCCAAACAGACCCCUGAAAACAUAAACCGACAAUGUUCACUCUCUUCUUGGCCGUGUGAGACGCUUCAGCCUACUCCAAGUCUCAAGUACUCACUUCCAAUCUCCCUCAAACGACCAAGCACGCCUACAUCUUCUCAGCAGACAAGUGGCUCCUCAGAGUCAAGCACAACUCCAACUGGAUCUGCGUUCAAUCUCUCAUCUGGUUCUGGAUCAGACGGAACGGAAUGGGUUGACCUUCACCAUGAGACAUGCGACGAAGUCGACUCCGACGACUACGAAAACAUGGACGGAUACGGUUCAAUGGAAACUUCACAGCAUACCGAGAUUGAACAAGGAUGGGACUCGGCCCAGUCAGAUAUUUCCGAAGCGACUACCAUGGCAUCACCCCCUCAGCCUCAUAUCGAAGAUCAGUGGGAUAUCUGCAGCCGCAUCCAAGCCGAAGAAGAUCGUUCCAAGACAGCUGUUGCGCAGCUGUCUCAGGACACACUCGACCACUUCUUGAGGUCACAGGAGACUGAGUGCCACGCCACCGAGAAACGCAUGAGGCGAGAGAGGAGGUCUAAGGGCAACGUCCGCCAACCCGCAAGACAGAAACGACAAGGGCUCGAGAUUUCGGAGCUCGCAUGCCCUUUUUAUAAGCAGGACCCCAGAGAAUAUAUUUCCUGCCUCAUGAAUCACGAGCUGAGAAGUAUGGAAGACGUCGAAGACCACAUUCAUUCUCGGCAUCGACGACCUUUCUACUGCCCAAUCUGCAAAGCCGACUUCAACUUAGCCCUUGAACGAGAUCGACAUAUCAAUCAGCGCAUUUGCGAUCUUCGAGAAGAUCUUCCUCUCAAGGGGGUUUCGGAGGAUAUGAGAAGACUCAUCUCAAGGACUCGGGGUCACGGGAGUGAGACGGCGAGAUGGUUCGAAGUAUGGAACAUACUGUUCCCUGAUUCCGGAUCCAAGCAGCCCUCUUCCCCACACCUCCGCAGCGGCCUAGGACUGAAGGUGUCAAACUUUCGGGCGUUCUGGCGCCGGCAUGGACAGUCAAAUACUUUGGACCGUCUCGCUACGCGACUUCCCUUGGAGGACGACGCGAACAUUGAGGAACUUUCUUCGGAAGUCUUCUCAACUACGUUGAGAGCUCUGGCUUCAGAGUUCACCCGACAGGAUUCCGCAUUCUGA